AUAAGUAGAGCAGAGGACCGGGAGGAGGAGCCAGCGGCGGCAGCGACUGCGAGUCCACGAGCGAGCGGACCGAAGCAGACCGGACCAGGAAAGCCGGAGCCCGGAGGGAGGCGGCGGCAUGUCGUGGCAGGCGUACGUGGACGACCACCUGCUCUGUGACAUCGACGGCCAGCGCCUCAGCGCCGCCGCCAUCCUCGGCCACGACGGCGCCGUCUGGGCCCAGUCCGACGCCUUCCCGCAGGUCAAACCUGAAGAAAUCACUGCAAUAAUGAAUGACUUCAAUGAACCAGGCUCUCUAGCACCCACUGGUUUAUACCUGGGGGGUAGCAAAUACAUGGUUAUCCAAGGUGAACCUGGAGUUGUCAUUCGAGGGAAGAAGGGACCAGGUGGGAUUACCAUCAAGAAGACCAAUCUAGCCAUAAUCAUUGGGAUCUAUGAGGAACCAAUGGCUCCUGGCCAGUGCAACAUGGUUGUGGAGAGGCUUGGUGAUUAUCUUGUAGAUCAGGGCUUCUAAAACCCAAAAUCUGUAACUUCUGGCAGCCGGGGUUUGUGUUUGCUGAAAUAUGCCAUCUGCUAUCCCAUGAAUAACUAGCAAAUGUUUGGACGAAUACUGAACACGCGGCGGUUCCUCGUUGUAUUGCAACGGCUUCCUACAUUCCAUGGGGCUUAUAUGUAAUGUAAUCUUUAUAGACACUGGUUGUGAAAUGCUGAUCAAUCUGCCUAUCCUUUUUUUUUU